AGUACGAUAUUAUCAAUAGUGUCAUGUGGUAGUGUAAAUUAUAAAAGACAAAAAUAUGGUGCUUUUGUUUAUUAAUCCAAUUCGAUAUGUAUUUAUUUUAGUUAUCAGUUGUGUUCUUUUUGAUUCAACGUUUGAGGAAUGCGGUAGGCCAAUUGGAAACGAAUUUCGUCUAGAGGAAGACCGCGUGGUUGCUGGGUACGAUAUCGGUUACUACAGGUAUCCAUGGUACGCCGUUCUUACUAGGUACAAUAUGGUAUCGUGCGGGGCUACAUUAGUUGGUCCCAAGACAGUUGUUAGCGCUGCUCAUUGCUAUAAAGAGUUUUUAGACUUGGCAAGCAAAGGAGUGGUUAAAUUGGAACAAAUUUACAUUGUAAAAUUAGGAGUAUAUAACAUUUGCACUACAGAAAAAACAGCGAGAGAUUACACCGUUGAUAAAGUUUAUAUACAUCAACUUUACUACACGAAGAAACCUUACUAUGAUAUUAGUCUGUUAAAGUUAUCUAGUGAUACAAACGCUUAUAGGCCUAUUUGUCUACCACCACCUCAUUUAAAGAAGCCUCUUGAUGGUACGGUACCGGGAUUAGGUACCUUAAGAUAUCACGGGGCGAUGCCUUGUACUGUUCACGAAGCCAGAUUGUUAAUUCACAAUAAUACAGAGUGUUCUAAUAUGAUGAAUAAUACUGGAAACGAUCCACAUUUAAUGCACAACUCAUUUUGUGCUGGAUAUAUACAGGGCGGUAUUGAUACAUGUCAGGGUGAUAGCGGAGGACCUCUUCAAUCUAUGAACGAAAAUGGAGAUUAUAUUUUAAUAGGAAUUGUUUCUUUCGGAUUUCGAUGUGCGCAACCUGGUUUACUUGGCAUGUACACGGACGUGUCUCAGUACAUCGAUUGGAUACAGGAAAAGUCCGGAUUGAAACCGGGACAACUCCAAACGGCUCCUAUGAAACCAUCAACAGGAAUCGCUGGUUCUGUCAGUCGCAACGACAGUAACACAGGUGUUAAUGCAGAACCAAAUCACAAUCAUCAUCACCAUCACCACAAAAUAGUGGUAAGACCCUACAGGAGACCAAUCAAAAUUUUAAUCUAUAGAAACAACAAAUGGUCGGUGCUGACGAAAUAUCUAUUGCAUCAUCCUAUUAUUAGGCAUAAAAGACCAAUAAAUUAA